AUGACUACUGAACUACCACCACAAUAUACCAGUGCUUCCAAUGACCUGCGUUCCGACACUUUCACCACUCCUACCAGGAAGAUGAAGGAGGCUGCUCUGGAGGCUUCUAUUGGUGACGCUGUCUACAACGAGGACGUCGACACCAUCCGUCUCGAGCAGCACGUCGCAAAGCUGGCCGGUAUGGAGGCCGGUCUGUUCUGUGUCUCCGGUACGCUGUCCAACCAAAUCGCUCUGAGAGCGCACUUGUACCAGCCACCUUACUCCAUCCUGUGCGACUACAGAGCGCACGUCUACACACACGAGGCAGCUGGUCUGGCCAUCCUGUCCCAAGCCAUGGUCGUCCCAGUGAUCCCAUCCAAUGGCAACUACAUGACCCUCGAGGACAUCAAGAGCCACUAUGUCCCAGACGAUGGUGACAUCCACGGUGCCCCAACCAAGGUCAUCUCCCUGGAGAACACCUUGCAUGGUAUCAUCUACCCGCUAGAAGAACUGGUCCGCAUCAAGGCCUGGUGUAUGGAGAACGGCCUCAAGCUGCACUGUGACGGUGCCCGUAUCUGGAACGCAGCCGCUGAGUCCGGUGUCCCACUGAAACAGUUCGGUGAACUCUUCGACUCCAUCUCCAUCUGCCUGUCAAAGUCCAUGGGUGCCCCAAUGGGCUCCAUCCUGGUCGGUAACACCAAGUUCAUCAAGAAGUGUAACCACUUCAGAAAGCAGCAAGGUGGUGGUGUAAGACAAUCAGGUAUGCUAUCCAGAAUGGCCCUCUGCAACAUCGACGCCGACUGGAAGUCAAACCUACUGUACUCCCACAGACUAGCCCACAACUUGGCAGACUUCUGUAAAGAAAAGGGUAUCCCUCUCGAGUCCCCAGCCGACACUAACUUCGUCUUCGUCGACUUGAGAGCAGCAAAGAUGAACCCUGACGUCCUGGUUAAGAAAGGUCUGAAAUACGGUGUAAAGCUGAUGGGUGGUAGAAUCUCCUUCCACUACCAAGUCUCAGAAGAAUCCUUGGAAAAGGUAAAACUGGCUUUGCUCGAAGCCUUCGAAUACUCUAAGGAACACCCAUUCGAUGAAAACGGAGCUACUAAGAUCUACCGUAGUGCCUCCACCGAAGUCGACAUCGAAGGUAACGCUAUCCAAGAGAUCAAGACUUACAAGUACUAA